AUGUCUGAGAAACCUCCUCCACUAAGCACCCCUCAUCCUCUAUCACACGAAGACAUCAGCUCCAGUCGCAAGGCCAGUCUGAGCUCUUCACGUCCUAUUGCACGAGGUGCCCUUCCUUCAUCUCCGAUUCGAGCUCAAUCUUCUCAGAUGGAUACUUCUGUUGAUGCGAUGAACCUACUCACUGAGAGGGACCAGGGUGGGGUUUCUGGUUCUCACUCCCGCAGGAACACUUUAAUGCCUGUUGUAGGGCGGACUUUCAGUGGAUUGGAAGAGGGGAGGGAUACCCCGAAGAGACGGUUAGGCAUCACAUCUUCUUUGAUGAAUUAUGGUCGUCGUCCGCCUGGCAACUUAACGAAAGCAGAAAAGCAUGCGCAAUUGCUAAGCCCAGUAAGGCCGGGUAUGCUAUUACCAAUGGAACGCCUGCUUUCUGACCAACGCAGGGUAUCUUCAAACGCCCUACUCGAAGAUCAAAAUAUGCGUGGCGUACAAAAAUCCUUCGCGGCUAGUACGCCAGCCAAUUUCUAUCAAGGUGGAAAACUUCGUCCUAAUGUUCUUAAGAAAACUAGGCGAUCUUCAUCGAUCACCCGCCAUGUCCAGGAUCUUACAAAGCGACGGAAGUUUGUGUUGAAGCUGGCGAAAUCAUUGCUGGCUUUCGGCGCACCUUCCCACCGUAUCGAAUCACAACUUACUGCAGCCUCCGAUAUUUUAGAUGCGAUGGCAGACUUCGUACACAUCCCAAAUGUUAUCAUCGUAACUUUUGGUGACGGCGACACGGGCACAGUCGAAACACACUUUGUCCGAGCCAACGGCCGCAUUGCUCUCACAUCCUUACACAAAGUUCAUCUAAUUUAUCGAAAAGUGCUGCAUGACAAGAUGUCAGUGGAGGCGGGUACGGAGGCUCUAAGGGAGAUACUAUGCGCACCACCGAUUUAUUCGCUUAAAUUGAGGUAUCUUUUGGCAUUCGUCUGUGCAUCGAUUAUUUGCGUUCUCGCGUUCGGCGGUUCCAUGAUCGACAUGUGGAUCAGUGGUUUUUGUGCUUGUGUUCUUCAAUAUCUGGGUCUCAACGCUGCGACGAAAAGCUCCAUGAUAUCUGUUUCAAUCAUUGUGUCGUUUGUGGCCAGAGCGCUGAGCACCAUCCCAGGAAACUUGUUUUGUUACGAUGCCAUUUCUUCUGCUGGUGUUGUUUUGAUUCUGCCUGGUUUUACUAUACUCAUUAGCGCUCUGGAGCUGACAUCGAGGAACAUCUUAUGUGGCUCUGUCAGGAUGGUCUAUGCGAUCAUCUAUACUCUAUUCCUGGAUGUUACCGAGGUCCCGAUUGGCCGUGGUAUAGACAACCUCUCCCUUGGUGGACACUAUUUUUCCUGGUGCCCAUCUACUCCACCUGCUCUUCACUCUCCAACCUUCAGUCAUACCGCAGCGUACAACUAUUUGUCAUGGUAG